AUGCAGAAAAUUCGUGAGCAUGCAUUUUCCUUCUCAGAUUUCCUUAAAUCUUUUAAAACUACUGCAACAGCUAUGCUGUUAAUAUACUCCGUCUCACUGCAUGCGUGGGUGAUUCCUGUGAAAUUUGAUCCAAUUGAGCCUUCUGAGAAGAGCCUCAUCAAAUUAUUCAGCUGUAUAUUGUUUCAGAAUUGCUUCUCUUUCCUUCUUCUCCUCUCUGCUAUCUCCAUUGCAGCUGCAAUCGAGCUGACUUCAAAUCGAGGCUCUGGUUUCAGGGCUUUCAUCGAGCAAGAAUGCCGAGGCACCCAAUAUUUCCAGCUAUGCGUUCAUUGCCUUUCAAUUUUUGCGCAUUCCACUACACAAACACCAGAGCAAUUAGCCCAAGUUGCAUUGAAGGUGAGCUUGGUGAGGGCAAGAUAUGCAAGAGCUUAUAUAACCAAAGUUGCUCAAGAUUUGAGGCUAAAGAAGACCAAAGAUUACCAAGCCGUGCAUGAUUGCCUAGAGCAAAUCAAUGAUGGUGUGGAUCAGCUCACGAAUUCGGUUAAGGAGUUGGGAAGAAUGUCUAUAGCUACUGAAACUGAUUUCUUUUGGCAUCAAAGCAACGUUAAUAGCUGGAUGAGCACUGCAGUCACAGAAGCACUAACGUGCAUGGAUGGGAUCUCAGGGCAUGCAAUGGGAAGUAAAGUGAAAUCUACCAUUAGAGCGAAGGUCUUGAACGUGGCACAGGUUACUACCAAUGCUCUAGAUUUUUUUAACCGAUAUGUGUCAAGACAUCGAGCCUCUCAAUCUCAUAACCCCAAUCCCUGAGUAUAGAAACUCCCCCCCAAUUUUUUUUUUUG